GUCUGCGUCUCUUUGACCGGCUGGGGACUGACUGAUCUUAUUUCAAAGCUUCUUUGAAAUCGCAGUUCAGCGUAGGGGGGAAGUGGGCAAGUUUGGGCAAUCGGUCUACGUGUCCACUUUGAAUGAAUUAGGUGAGUGAGAGUGAGUGAGUGAGUGAGUAAGAGAGGGAGGGAGGGAGGGAGAGAGGAGAGAGAGAGAGAGAGAGAGGGAGAGUUGAUUUUGAACUAUAAUUGCAAACAAAAAUGUUAGCAUUGAUUGAAGAGUGGGAAGAGGGAAAAGCCACCACCCCAACAAAAAAAUCUCGAGUCAAUAAACGACCAAUAGAGGAGCUGAGAUUAGCAUAGGGCAGUUUGAGAGCUACAAAAAGAGAGUGAUCAGGAUAUUAUAAGCAGAGAGGAAAGAGCAGCUUAAUGAACAACAGGGCUAAAGCACUUUAAAUCUACUAACAGCAGCUUGUUUGAUAUACACAUACAUAUAUAUUCAUAUAUAUUCAUAUAUAUAUAGAUAUAUGUGUGUGUUAUUUAUUAAAAUACUAGUCACCCCAGCACUGGAGAUAUGACAGGAGCUGUGUGGAUCAUUUGCUUACUCUCUUUAGUCUCUUUCUCCAACACAUCUGCAACAGAUCUGCAAAGUGACUCUGACCACAGCCCCACACCAGGGAGAGACUUCAGUGGAAUCCAGACUCGGUUCUCUCUCCGCACCCCACAAGACCCCGAGGGCGAUUCCUGUUUCCUAACCCCCGGCCGCGUGGAAUCCGUGGCUCAGUGCGGCUUCAACAUCAGCACCAAGACCUUCCUCAUCAUCCACGGCUGGACGGUCAUGGGCAUGUUUGAAAGCUGGAUUCCGAAGUUGGUCUCCGCGCUUUACGAGAGGGAACGGAACUCCAACGUGAUUGUGGUGGACUGGCUCAGCCGGGCUCACCAACACUACACCGUGGCAGCCGAUAACACCAGGCUGGUCGGCCAAGACAUCGCCCAAUUCGUUGAGUGGCUGGAGGAAUAUUCAAACUUUCCCUCUGAACGUAUUCACAUGCUGGGCUACAGCCUGGGAGCACAUGUGGCUGGAUUUGCUGGAAGUCACGGCACAAACAAAGUGGGCAGAAUUACAGGUCUGGACCCGGCCGGUCCGGCGUUUGAAGGGACUGAAGCUCCUUAUCGUCUCUCUCCCGACGACGCAGAGUUUGUGGACGCCCUCCACACGUUCACACGCGGGUCUCUGGGCCGAAGUAUCGGCAUACAGCAGCCUGUGGGCCACGUGGACAUCUAUCCCAACGGAGGCAACUUCCAGCCCGGAUGUAACCUGGGAAGAGUGUUUGGGAAUAUGAGAUCCCAAGGAGUUUACGCCGUGGCCGAAGCCAUCAAGUGCCAGCACGAGCGGGCGGUCCACCUCUUCAUCGAUUCCCUCGUCAACGAAAAGUACCCCAGCAUGGCAUACCGCUGCAGCAACAAGGAGACCUUCGAGAAAGGUAUGUGCCUGAGCUGCAGGAAGAAUCGCUGCAACACCAUGGGCUACGACGUGAACCGAGUCCGCAGCAAACGGAGCGGCAGAAUGUACCUGAAGACACGAGCGGACAUGCCCUUCCGAGUUUAUCACUAUCAGCUGAAGAUCCAUUUCUUCAGGACCAUCAACCGGACCGAGAAGGGUACAACGUUUCUCAUCUCGCUCUUUGGCACCAGAAACGAGACAGGAGCUCUCGCUGUUGAAGUACCACAGAUCUCGUCAAACCAGACCUACUCGUUCUUGGUGCACACAGAUGUUGAUAUUGGAGAGCUGCUAAUAGUCAAACUGCAGUGGGAGACCGCCUCCUCCGUGUGGUCCACCAUCGUGGGAACAGUGACCAAUCCCUGGUCCGUGUGGGACUUCUGGAACAGCAGAGAAGAGAGCAGCAAAGACCUGGAAAUCCGGAAAAUCCGAGUGAAAUCUGGGGAAACUCAGAAAAAGAUUGUGUUCUGUCCGAAAGGCGCUGCUUUUGUAAAGAUCCAGCCCACGGAGGAGGUCAUUUUUGUAAAGUGUCCAAGUGGAUGGAUGAGCAACAGUCGUCGAUGAGAUGUUCCACCCGCGUUCCCUCUUCCCAAGGUUUUUUCUCUCGCCUUUUGGACUUCCUAUGAAAUUGGACGAUUGGUUAAGAAAAGCAAAGAAAUAUACAAAUUUCCCCCGCCCGCUGGGAAUAAACAACGCACAUCUGGACGACUUGCAGAAAAGAGCAAAGGCAUCAAGCAGAAAGUGUCGAUUCUUUCAAGAACAAAUGAGAGAGAUUUCUGUUAGGAAAUAAUAUCUCGGGAUACAGGAUAUCAUUCGGGACACGACACGUCAAUGCGACUGCCAGGAUGGUGGAAGUCGAACUGCAUGGACCUUGGUCUUCUUUCAUCCAACAAAUUCUUAUGUAUUAUCUCGAGAGAUUCACUGCUGCUCUCAGGAUUGGCAGAUUGUCUAGUUCGGGAACGUGGGCUUCUUGGAUCCAAGCGUGAAGGACCCUCACAGACCGAAGGCAUUGUGACCGGUUGUGUUUAAUCACACCUUGUCCCGGCCAAUACAACAGGCGCCCACCGUGUAUUUGGCGGAGAUGAGCACCUCACUGGACUUGCAUCCUCACUCCGUGAACCAUGGUGUCUGCCUGACAAUGGUGAUAUUGUUCCAUUGCUUCUGCUCGGUUACAAUCUACAGCAUGUCUCCUCGUCCACCAUUAUCGUCCAUCAGAGCUUUCCGAAGCAUCAACAAGUGGCUUCCGCUAAGUAGAAAUCAGAGCUGUGCUCACACAGGCUCUUGUGAGUAUCUUGUUCUGGACUUUCUCUCACAACACUUUACAACCUUCGUGAACUGGAUGGGGAGAGAUCGGAUGACAUUGUUCCCAAAGUUAUCCCAGGCUAUUCCUGCCACGUGGGGUCAGCAGGAGAGAUUUAUGCUGUCUGUUCCAACUGCUAUUGACCAAACUAUUUAUUGAAUGUAUAAAUGUACAUAAAUAUACACUAUUGUAUAUAAGAUAUUUUUACUAAAGUUCUCUCGAGACUGUCCCAAUAGGCUGAGGCAUUGAGGUUAUGUUCAGUUGCCUACAAUCUGCACGUUAAUUCGCUUGUGACCUUGCUGAUAGCGCACGCAACGCUCCCACUGCUCACGGCUGUUCCUUACCCCUGCAUUUCCAAAUGUAAAAUGAAACACAUCCAAAUUAUUCUCUGCUGUAUGUGGUCUACACAGUAUAUCCUGUACACCUUACAAACCCUGUACCUUCUAAAUGCCCUGUACAUACUGUAUACAAUGAAUAUCUAACACCCACACACCAUCUACACUGUAGAUCCUAUACACUCUCCACACACUGUAUAUUCUGUACAUACUGACUGUACUGUACACCCUGGUUGAUUCUGUGUCCUUUCCCAGCUCCUAAUAUAGAUUGAAUGAAGUGGCAAGUUGGGAGUCACAAACGUACGUCUUUCUUAAUUAAGAAAUCUGUUAGGAAAGCCUGCAAUAUCGGCCCCAAAAUAAUGUAUAUUUGAACUCCCUUUAGACCCUGUACAGAGUAAUCUCGCUUACCUUCUGUAAUUGGAAAAGCUUUAAGAGCUCUGGCCUGCAACUGGAAUUCUGUGUUAUCACUGUUCUGUGUAUUACUGAAACCUUUAUUGCCUCUGCCUUGUGUUUUGUGAAUAUAACUUUCAUGCGUAAUAAAGUUCCUGAGAAAGGCCAAGAGAGCAAA